AUGGAUACUUCUUUUGACACACGUAGUGGCCCACCCGUCACCAUGAGCGCUACCCAUCCAUCUUCCUGGAAACCAGCUAUUGCGACCACGACUGGACGCCCUCUGGAUCCUUGCAGAACAACCCAGAACUCGUCUUUCUGGCAUAACGUCUACUCAUAUACUGGCAGUCCUUCCUCCAAUGUAGAUACGCUUCAGUCUUCGUUCCAGCCAAGGGACCUGUAUAUUAAGCCUUGGUAUAACCAGGCAUCGCCGAACUUCCCUCCCGGCGGGCAGAUGUACACGGAGAAAGAUAUGGACGACUGGGAAGUCCUCGGCGAUAAGCCCCUAGUCAAGAGCAACAACGGUGCCGAUAAUAAACAGCCUCAGACUAUGGCGAACACCGCCUUCUCUCACAUGCAUAACAGUGAUCACAAGCCUGCAUCCCAUUUGGUAGAGGGGCCUACAGUUAACUCACGGGGGUUCUAUCCGCCUGCCCUCCAGAAACCAGCCAUUAAAACCGAGAACAUUGAGCAACCCAUUAACUCGUUCUUGCGGGACACCAAACCCAAGGUCGAGGAUGGAAGGAACGUCUAUUACAACUCAUUUCCGUGGAAUGGAUCAGACGUCUCCGAUCUUGCCAGACGGGUAAACCAGCUCACGAGCGAGCGCGAUUACCUGAAUAUGCGGUUCAUGAACCUAGAGCUUGGAAUGCGAAACGCAGCCAGUAACCGAUUGAAUGAAAUCAACAAUCUCAAGCACCAGGCCUCGACCGCCGCUUCGAGGAAUGAGGUUAAUGCCCUGUCUACCAAGCUACGCGACAUACAGCUUGAUCAAACUAACACCAAGAGGAUCGACAGGCUGGAGAGUCGCAUGGAAAAGGCCGAAUCGCAUAUCGCUAGCUACUUCGCUAAGAUGGAAGUCUUGAAGCAGCGACUGCAGGCCGUGUCGAAGGAUAACGACGAUACCGGUAAUGCUAAUGAGGACGCCGAGGGCAAGAAGUCACGCUGGAAUGAUAUGCCAGAGCCUGAUGCCUAUAUAAUGCGCAGUGACAUUGACUACCUGCUUGAGAAAUUGGAAUCUGUGCGUCGAUGCGGUCCAGACAGUCUAGACAGUCUAGACGGUCUAAACGAUCUAGGCGGCGAAGACAAUCUAUUAGAGGACGAGUAA